AUGCAAAAGGUGACGUCGAAACUGCCGUCUUGGGAUACGACCAAGACCACAAGCAAAAAGGGCUUUGACAAGGUCUGGGGCUGGGCGGAUAAGCUCGGAGCACCCGUAAAUCGGCUCUCUAAUCGCAUUGGCAGCGAAGCGUUUUGGCCAACGACAUUAGAUAAGGAAAGCGACAAGGCCGCGAGAAUAUUGAGAUCAUUUUGCAAGGAUGGCUUCUACGCAGAAGAGGAACGCCAAGCCGAUGCCGCCGGUCCGAAGAGAAAGCAGCGAGUUAUCAAGAAAAUUCCUCAAAAGGUAAUUGAGAAUUGCGUUGGCCUCGCCAUAUUCACUGUUAUGCGUACUGGAUUGUGGGUGUCCGGAGCCGGCGGUUCCGGCGUGGUGGUCGCCAAACGAGAAGACGGAUCAUGGUCCCCACCAUCUGGCAUUCUGCUCCACACGGCCGGUUUGGGGUUUCUUGUUGGAGUGGAUAUCUACGAUUGCGUGUUGGUAAUUAACAAUCGCAAAGCUCUGGAUGCCUUCACCAAAGUUCGAGCUACGGUGGGUGGAGAGAUUACCGCAGUUGCCGGGCCUGUUGGCAUGGGCGGAGUUCUCGAGAACGAUGGCAAAUGGAAAGAGGCCAACAGACCAAACUUUACGUAUCUCAAGUCGCGUGGUUUCUACGCUGGUGUCCAAGUCGACGGUUCGAUUAUAAUUGAGCGCACUGACGAAAAUGCUCGCUUUUAUGGAGAGACGAUAGGUGUUACUGACAUAUUAGCUGGGAAAGUCCGGCAUCCACCACCAGAGCUUAAAAUGCUAAUGGAGACAUUAAAGGCUGCCGAAGGCCGAUCGGAUGUUGACGAAGAGCUUAUGGAGGAGCUCGAGGGACAACCGGCACCAGGUGAUGUGAAUGUUGAGGCUCCUAGUGACAAGUUGUUCGGCAUCCCAGAACCUGGUGACCCGGAUCCAUAUGGCUUUUUGGCCUUGCAAAGGGAGGGACUGGAUAUUGUGGAGGCUGGGACUCGUUCAAGACCGUCUAGCCGCCAGUUUGAAUAUCAUCCAAGUCCCUCAAGUCCGGUCUACAGCAAGUUUCACAAUAGACACAGCAUGGAAACCGCGGAAACAAGAAGCAGCCGCGAUAGCUACGCAUCAACUCCAAACUCAAGGCUGCGAUGGAGUGGCGAUCCGCAUUACGAAUCAUCAGAUGCCGGAACACAAACUGACGAAAUUAUAACUCCAGUCACGAGCCCUGUUUUUAAUAACACUUUCCAAAAUCGGAGUCUGUACGAGGAGCCCAACGAUUUCUAUAAUGCUGUAAAUGAUAGCCCUUGGGGUUCCAAAGGCCGCAAGAAUAGCAUCCACCGUGACUGGGGCAGAGACGAUAGCCUCACAUUUUUUAGCGAGGAUGACGAAAAGUCAGAGGUUGCGAUAAUUUCUCCUUCAGAUUUGCGAUCACAAUCGAUCAGCGCUCCCCCGGUCGAUGCUGUAGUCCCCAUUAAGCGCGUGCCGCCUCCGCUGCCGCCGAGAAAUCUUCCUCGUCCUAUCCAACCCGAGUUUGAAGAAGUCGAUCUCAAAGCAACAGAAGAAGCAGACCGUGAAGAAAUAACCUCUUCGGGUCCUCACUCAGAAUUCACAACUAGGGAGACAGAAGGAAGCACAGAUUAUACCAGCGAUGCGGCGUCUGUCUCACCAAGGAAGACGUCGGUUAGCAAAGAUAAUGAUCACUUAUCGAACACAAUAUUCGACUCUGACUCCCAUUCACUGGAAAUCAGCAGUCGAGAUAACGAUGACAGAUUCCAUCACGCUAUCAGCCCUUAUAAAUCGGAUUAAAGAAGUACCAAAGCUCAACGGAGACUUCAACCAACAAUUGGUAUUGCAUUUAGAAGGAUGAUAAGCAUUAUUGGUGUACUCAUAUAUGACGGCUCUAUUCUGUUCUUGUCUUUAUUUAUCGGUGUUGUACUUGGAUAUGGAUAUUUUGGAUAGUUAUUGAUGAUAAAUUGGCUUAUUUGCGCUGACGACCCCAUCUCAUGAGUGUCCACUAGCCCGGUUACUAGGAACUAUUGAUGUUAUAAAUUGCGAGCAUAUUUUACCUGCUUCGUAAAAUCAAUAAGCGAGAGGGAAUCAUUAUCUG